AUGAAUGUGUGCAUAUGCCUCCGCAUAGUCGGCAUUACCGUACCACCUCUGAAGCAGCGAGGGGAGUCAUCCACACUCACCUGUGACUACGACCUGGAAGGAGGUCGGUUAUACUCCGUCAAGUGGUACCGCGACAACGAGGAGUUCUACCGGUACAUGCCGAAGUUGAGGCCUCCGCAGCACGCUCAUAAGUUAGAUGGUGUAAAAGUUGAUUUAGAGAAAUCAACGGCCCGUCGGGUCCACCUUCGGGAGUUGACGCUCAAAUCCCGAGGGCUGUACCGCUGUGAAGUAUCGGAGGAAGCUCCCUCGUUCCACUCAGCUCAAGCCGAGGCCUUCAUGGAAGUUUAUUACUUUCCCCGCGAAACUCCACGCAUCACGGGAUACGAACGACCGUAUCAAUUGAAAGAACCGCUAGAUGUUAACUGCUCAUCUGCAAAAUCCUUUCCCGCACCAGACCUUCAAUGGAUGAUAGAUGGUCAAAAAAUAACUGACAGAUCAUGGCUGGUAGCAUUUGGCGCGAAACCCGCACCGCAAGGACUGUUGGUGUCUACCCUCGGCUUGAGAGCACCGACCAAGCCUCGCAUGAAGCUCAAGUGCGUCGCUACUAUAGGCACGCAUAGAAGAGAACGGACUGUCAUCAUAGAAAUAAACUCAUCAAGCUGGAACAAAUCAUUCAGUUUGCUAAUAAUGAUAACACUGAACAUUGUUUGUGUGAAGAUAUCGUGAUAGUUCCAUAUUUAUACCCAAUGUAAAUAAAGAUACAUUUGUAAUAA